AUGUCCGGAGUGGGAGCACGAAUGGCAGCGUGGCGCGCGCACGCGUACGGCGGCGUCGGCGAGCUGCGACUCGAGAGCGCCCGCGUGCCUCCGCUCCGAAGCGCCGACGACCUACUCGUGCGCGUCACCGCCGCCUCGCUCAACCCCAUCGAUCUCGCCAUGCUAGAUGGAUACGGAUCGCGCAUAUUAAACACGCUUAGACGUCUGGAGGGCGCAGACGUCGAGUUCCCGUUGGUGCCGGGGCGUGACUUCAGCGGCGUCGUAGUGCGGGCGGGUCGCGGGGCGCGACUGCAGCCCGGGACGCGCGUGUGGGGUGUCCUGCCGCCGCAUCGACCCGGCGCGCUCGCAGAAUACGUCGCGCUGCCAUCGCGCUGGGCGGGGCCGGCGCCCGUCGCGCUCGAUCCGCUCGCCGCGGCCGGAGCCCUCUACGCCGGCCUCACGGCCGCGAGUGCCUUGCGGAUCGCCGGUCUAGCGGGAGCGUCCGCGCCAGGGGCGCGCGUGCUGCUGCUGGGGCUCGGGGGCGUCGGCGCGGCCGCGCUGCAGUUGCUGGUGCGGGGCGGCGCACGGGUGGCGGUGAGCUGCGCGCCCGAGCAGGCCGCCGAGGCGCUCGCGCUCGGCGCCGUCGCGGCGCUUCACCGCGGCGAACCGGACUACGAGGCGCGAGUGGCCGCCUCGGGCCCCUUCGAUGCGGUGCUCGAUUGCGGCGGCGUCGGCGGCUGGGCGGCCGCAGAGGCCGCUUCACGCUGGGGUUUCUCGCGGUACGUGACGCUGACGACGCCGCUUCUGAGCGAAUGUGAUUCGCGCGGGCUGUUGGCGGGGAGCGUCACGGCGCUAGGAGCGCUGUCGGCGCAGACGUUCGGAGCGAUGCGAGGCGCACUGGCGCGUAACCGGGAAGGGCCCUGCCCGCCUCAUGUGCGCUGGGCGUUCUUUGUGCCGAACGCCUCCGAUAUAGAGAUGCUGAGACGGCUCGCCGACCGCGGGCAGUUUCGGGUGUCGGUGCAGCGCGUGUUCGGAUGGCGAGAUGCGCCGGCGGCGUUCGCGGCGCUGGCCGAGGGACACGCCAGAGGCAAGCUGUUGCUCGACUUCAGCAAUUGA